GGGGGCGCCUCCCGGCUGCACCCGCAGGAACACCCGCCAGCCCCCUGUACGAUGAUCCCGCCGGCGAGCAGCACCCCUCCGGGAGAGGCCCUCUUCCCCGCGCGCCCCCAGGACUUCUGGAGGACGCAGGUGUCGGGCUACGCGGGGUCCGUGACGCGGCACAUCAGCCACCGGGCCAACAACUUUAAGCGCCACCCCAAGAGGAGGAAGUGCAUCCGCCCCUCCCCGCCCCCGCCCCCCAACACCCCGUGCCCCAUCGAGCUGGUGGACUUCGGGGAUCUGCACCCCCAGAGGUCCUUCCGGGAGCUGCUCUUCAACGGCUGCAUCCUCUUCGGCAUCGAGUUCAGCUACGCCAUGGAGACGGCCUACGUGACGCCGGUGCUGCUGCAGAUGGGCCUGCCCGACCAGCUCUACAGCCUCGUGUGGUUCAUCAGCCCCAUCCUCGGGUUCCUGCUGCAGCCGCUGCUGGGCGCGUGGAGUGACCGAUGUACCUCAAGGUUUGGAAGGAGACGCCCUUUCAUUCUUGUCCUGGCCAUAGGGGCGCUGCUGGGGCUCUCGCUGCUGCUCAACGGCAGGGACAUCGGCGCGGCGCUGGCGGACAGCAGCGCCAGCCACAAGUGGGGCAUCCUGCUCACCGUGUGCGGCGUGGUGCUCAUGGACUUCAGCGCCGACUCGGCCGACAACCCCAGCCACGCCUACAUGAUGGACGUGUGCGGCCCGGCCGACCAGGACCGCGGCCUCAACAUCCACGCCCUGCUGGCAGGUCUGGGAGGGGGCUUCGGAUACGUGGUCGGGGUCCACUGGGACAAGACCGGCUUCGGGAGAGCCCUGGGCGGGCAGCUGCGGGUCAUCUACGUCUUCACGGCCGUCACGCUGAGCGUCACCACCGUGCUCACCCUGGUCAGCAUCCCCGAGAGGCUGCGGCCGCCGAGCGCGAAGAGGACCGCGCUGAAGAGCCCCAGCCUGCCGCUGCCCCCCUCCCCGCCCCUGCUGCUGGACGCGGGCGCCGGCGACGCCCCGGCCGGCCACGCGGCCCCCGGCCUGUACGCCAGCUUCUCGGGCCCCGUCUCCCCGCUCAGCCCGCUCACGCCCAAGUACGGCAGCUUCAUCAGCAGGGACAGCUCGCUGACCGGGCUCAACGAGUUCGCCUCGUCCUUCGGCACCGCCAACAUCGACAGCGUCCUCAUCGACUGCUUCACGGGCGGCCCCGACGGCUACCUGGCCGUCUCGGGCAGCCUCCCGCGCCAGGCGCUCAGCGUCAGCUUCCCCCCCCCCGACGGCUUCCACCGGCCGGGCUGCGGCCUCGGGGACCGGCGGGAGGGGGUGGGCGGCCCCGACGGCGACGUGCUGAGGGUGGGCUCCCUGGACACCUCCAAGCCGAGGUCGUCGGGGAUCCUGAAGCGCCCCCAGACCCUGCCAUCCCCGACGCGCGGGGGCGGCGGCCCCGACACCAGCAGGAGAAGGAACGUGACCUUCAGCCAGCAGGUGGCCAACAUCCUGCUGAACGGCGUCAAGUACGAGAGCGAGCUGCCGGUGCGGGAGCCCGCGGGCCAGGCCCUGUCGCUGCGCCAGCUGUGCGCCAGCAUCUGCAGCAUGCCCCGCGCGCUGCGCAGCCUGUGCGUCAACCACUUCCUGGGCUGGCUCUCCUUUGAGGGGAUGCUGCUCUUCUACACCGACUUCAUGGGCGAGGUGGUGUCAGGGGACCCCAAGGCGCCCCACUCGUCGGAGGAGUACCAGAAGUACAACAGCGGGGUCACCAUGGGCUGCUGGGGCAUGUGCAUCUACGCCUUCAGCGCCGCCUUCUACUCAGCGAUCCUGGAGAAGCUGGAGGGCCUCCUGAGCGUCCGCACCCUCUACUUCAUCGCCUACCUGGCCUUCGGCCUGGGCACCGGGCUGGCCACGCUCUCCAGGAACCUCUACGUGGUCCUGGCGCUCUGCACCACCUACGGGGUCCUGUUCUCCACGCUGUGCACCCUGCCCUACUCGCUGCUGUGCGAGUACUACCAGAGCAAGAAGUUCGCAGGGUCCAGCGCGGACGGCACCCGGCGGGGCAUGGGCGUGGACAUCUCCCUGCUGAGCUGCCAGUACUUCCUGGCCCAGAUCCUGGUGUCGCUGGUGCUGGGGCCCCUGACCGCGGCCGUGGGCAGCGCCAACGGGGUGAUGUACUUCUCCAGCCUGGUGUCCUUCCUCGGCUGCCUGUACUCCUCCCUGUGUGUGGUCUACGAGGUCCCCCCCGGCGACGCCGACGAGGAGCACCAGCCCCUCCUCCUCAACGUGUGACGCGCCAGGCCCGGCUGGAGUGUAAAUACGCGACGGCACAAUAAAGGGCGGCAGCGAGCGCGCCAGCUUCUGGUGUGGCUCCCGGAGCCGAGGGGUCUCCUGGGGCCUUGGCAGGGGCCCCAAGAAUCUCUCAUUGACUGUGAAGGCGACGAGAGCCAGCGCGAUGGUUCUCUGGGGGGGGAGCACCCCCAAGACAUCUGCCGACGUCGGGAUGGGCACUGCUGUCCGGGGACGCAGGAAACACCCUGCAAGGCCGGGGGGCACCCCCGACACCUGUCCGCCCGCCCGUCCGUCCAUCCCCCAUGUCUGCCCACCCAAACCACCUGUCCGUCCUGGGGGUGGCAGGCAGUGGUAGGUCCUGGGCCUCCACCAUGAGCAACUCGUCCUGCCCUCGGGGCUCUGGUGAGAGCAGCCGGGGCCUCCCUGAGGUUUUGCCUGAGGCGCGGUCGGUGCUUGAAGGGAGCAGGUCGGGAACCGGGGUGGGUUGUCCUAGGGACAAUGUCUGGGCCGCCUCUCUGGCAAGACCCUUUGAGCAACGCAGGGUGACGCCUCCUGGUGACACGAGAAGAUGCCUGCGAUCCGAGCCGGGGCGCCCCUGGUGCAGUUGAGGGGUCCCAAGCCCCAAAUGCCUGCAUCGCAAGACUCCCUGUGAGGCAGGACCCCC